CUUCUAUCUGUUUGUUUUAGAUCGUACUUGUAAAGUUUGGAAUCUCGUGACUGGACAGGAAAUUAUGUCCCUAGGGGUUCACCCUAACAAUGUUGUAUCGGUAAAAUACUGCAAUUAUACCAGUCUGGUCUUCACAGUGUCAACAUCUUAUAUUAAGGUGUGGGACAUCAGAGAAUCAGCAAAGUGUAUUCGAACAUUAACAUCUUCAGGUCAAGUUACUCUUGGAGAAGCUUGUUCUGCAAGCAGCAGCCGGACAGUAGCUAUUCCUUCUGGAGAGAGCCAGAUCAAUCAGAUUGCACUAAAUCCAACCGGCACUUUCCUCUAUGCGGCCUCUGGAAAUGCCGUCAGAAUGUGGGAUCUUAAAAGGUAGAACUUUUAGAAAAUA